AUUUAUUAACAUAAAACAAAUAAAAGUGUCUUUACUAAUAAAUUAUUUCUAUAAUUUGAUGACCAUGUAAAUAAUUAACUCCUGAUUUCUUUGGGUCUGGAUCCCCUCCCAUAAAAUUACCUGCAGUUUCUUCCGAUACAAGUUUUAGAUCAUGCCAGUGAAAGGAAAUUACAAUUCAUUGCUUAGAUUUCCUUUUAACACGUUUCUUUAAAAUUUAGAUUUAGAAGCAACCAAUUGUAACCCUUGUAUUUUUAUUUUGACGAUGUGGCAUAUCUAAAAUCUGUACGGGAGUGAUCCGAUCCGAUUUCUUGAUAUACAUCAAAUUUCAUGGUCAAUAAUUAGCACCUACUAAUGUCAUGAUUAGCGUAAAAUUAAUAACCACCGGCCAUCUUUCGUCCUAAACCGUCCUCCUUUCCAUAAAGUCGGCGCGGGUCCUUUCCACAGCACACCUUAAAGUCAAAAAAUUGGAAAGCAAAAAAAUGGGAGCCGCUGAAGAAGCUCACAACGUUAAAGUUCUGGGUUCAGGCGAAAAGACCAUCGUACUCGGUCAUGGCUUCGGCACCGAUCAAUCGGUCUGGAAACAGCUUGUCCCUUACCUUGUCAAUGAAUAUCGUGUUGUACUUUACGACAACAUGGGUUCUGGACCGACAAAUCCUGAUUACUUUGAUUUUGAUCGAUACUCUUCCCUCGAAGGUUAUGCCUACGAUUUAAUUGCCAUUUUGGAGGAACUUCAAAUCAAUUGUUGCAUGUACUUGGGCCAUUCCUUAUCGGCCAUGACCGGUGUUGUUGCUUCUAUUUUUCGUCCUCAUCUCUUCUCCAAACUCAUCCUAGUUUCAGCUUCCCCAAGGUUCAUAAAUACGGAUGACUAUUAUGGAGGAUUUGAGCUGGAAGACAUAGAGCAACUAUGUCAAGCAAUGGAGUCGAACUACAAGGCAUGGGUAUCUGGAUUUGCGCCACUAGUGGUGGGAGGUGACAUGAAUUCUGUAGCAGUACAAGAAUUCAGUAGGACCUUAUUCAACAUGAGACCAGACAUAGCACUCAGUGUUUUCCGCACCGUUUUCACGUUCGACCUAAGGCAUUUUCUGUCCCGCGUAACUGUACCUUGCCAUAUCAUACAGAGCUCAAUGGAUGUGUCGAUGCCGGUGACUGUUUCCGAAUAUUUACACAGGAAUCUAGGGGGAAAGUCGAUUGUAGAGAUCAUCUCAACCGAAGGUCAUCUUCCGCAUUUGAGCGCACCUGAGGCUACUAUUCCCGUGUUGCUUCGACAUAUUUCUCAUGAUAUUACUGCUGAUGCUCCUUCUAAUUAAGGAUAAUGAAAAGAUAACUUCUAAUUGAAUUGUCAUUUUAUUUUUUUCAUUUGAACCUUUCAACUGAAAUUGUUAUAUUACGCAGCUAAUGUACCUACAAUAUAAUUAUUGAACACUUCACUAUGCUCUCUAAUUUAAAAACUUGAUAAGUGUUUCAUGUACAUGCUUUUUUUCUGCUACAUCCGAAAUACUAUAUUGACUCAUGUUUGACGUACAAAAAAUGUGAGCACUUUAAGGGUUUA